GCACAGGGAGCGGUAAUGGCAUGUAUGAGAAGGUUCUGGAACCCACCCUAGACAUGGUCCACAUGGAAGUCCUGCCCGGAUUCACUCGCAGCGUGGUGGCGAGGGACCAUGCCCUGAUCACACCAGAAAGCCGAGUCUUCAGCCCGCUGCCUGGAUGGGAAAACACUCUCUCAGCACAUCUCGUUACCCCUGCCAUCGGUGCACACUUCGCCAUGUCCCUGCUUCGGCUGUCAGGCAAUGCCUCUUCCGCCCCUCCAGUGGCUGGAGUGGAGAGGUUUGUGUUUGUGGUAUCAGGGCAAGUCAGCUUCACUCAGUACGGGACCCCAGGAGAGACCAAUGAAGGGGGUGUGGCCAAUCAGUGCUCGACAGUUGGUGAUGCUGGGAGCACCUGUGCAAGAUCCGUUGUUCUGCAGGAGGAUCUUACGGACGACUCCUAUGUGUAUCUCCCACCGAAUACGCCCCAUUCCUUGGCUUCUGCGUCUGGAGCUACACUCGUGCUCAUUGAACGCAGGUACUGCCCUAACUCGGGCCUCGCAACAGCCUCUGGGGUGGAAAGCGGUUCAGAGGGGCUGGCGGUGGCGGUGGGGCAGACGCACAAGCAGCCCAUUCGGCCAGUCCCUGGAGAGGUCUUUGCGCUUCGCAAGCUGCUUCCAACCACGAUUGCCUAUGACUUCAACAUUCAUAUCAUGGACUUUGAGCCAGGGGAGUUCCUAAAUGUGAAGGAAGUGCAUUACAAUCAGCACGGGCUGCUGCUGCUGGAAGGACGGGGCAUCUACCGUUUGGCUGAUAGCUGGUAUCCGGUCCAAGCAGGCGACACAAUCUGGAUGGCCCCGUUUGUUCCCCAGUGGUAUGCAGCACUGGGCAAGACUCGGUCAAGAUAUCUCCUUUAUAAGGACGUCAACCGCGACCCGCUGCUCCAUCCGUCUUGUUGA